AGGGGGAGCCACCGCGCCCGGCCGGGGCCUGCGCGCGCGGCCUCCCUGGGACGAGAGGAAGGAACCAGAGAGACGGAGACCGGAAGUCGCGGUGGCUCUCAGCAACACGGACUCCCAGGCUGAGUUGGUGUGUGUCGUCGCUGGCGGGAUCCGACUGCACCUGCCACGCUGGCAGCGCAUGGAGCCGCGGACGCGAUCGGAGGCGGGAUGCCCUCGGCCGACGAGAUCGGCGAAGCUCCGGCCUCCGCGUGCUGCUCUGAAAGUGGCGAUGAAAGGAAGAAUGUGGAGGAGAAAAGUGACAUAAAUAUUUCAGCUCUUGUUGAAGAUGAGCAAGUCAGCAAAGAUACAGAUAAUGAUCUCUCUUCCUAUGUAUCUGCAUUUAUCGAGAAGGAGGUUGGAAAUGACCUUAAAUCUUUAAAGAAACUUGAUAAACUCAUAGAACAGAUGACAGAGAAUAAAAUGCAGUUAGAAGAACAGGUACUUACAAUUUCAUCAGAAAUCCCUAAAAGAAUUCAGAGUGCCUUAAGAAAUGCAGAAGAAUCAAAGCAAUUCCUAAAUCAGUUUCUGGAGCAAGAAACUCAUCUCUUCAGUUCCAUUAAUAGCCAUUUGCUGACCGCACAGCCCUGGAUGGAUGAUCUUGGGGCCAUGAUUAAUCAAAUUGAAGAGACUGAACGUCAUCUUGCUUACCUUAAAUGGAUUUCACAAAUUGAAGAACUAAGUGAUAACAUUCAGCAAUAUCUGAUGACCAAUAAUGUCCCAGAAGCAGCCUCUACUCUGGUGUCUAUGGCAGAACUUGAUAUUAAGCUUCAAGAAUCAUCCUGUACUCAUCUUCUUGGAUUUGUGAGAGCCACUGUUAAAUUCUGGCAUAAAAUUCUUAAGGACAAGCUUACAAGCGAUUUUGAAGAAAUUUUAGCACAGCUUCAUUGGCCAUUCAUUACACCCCCUCAGGCUCAAACUGCUGGCUUAACUCGACUGGCCAGUGCCCCUGAAAUACACAGUAACCUGGAGACACUGUUUUGUCAACUUCUGAAACUACAAACCUCAGAUGAAUUAUUUACUGAGCCAAAACACCUCCCAGAAAAAUACUCUCUUCCUGCAUCCCCUUCUGUCAUCCUGCCCAUCCAGAUUAUGCUGACUCCCCUUCAGAAGCGGUUCAGAUAUCACUUCAGAGGGAACCGACAGACUAAUAUGCUAAGCAAGCCUGAGUGGUACUUGGCUCAGGUACUUAUGUGGAUUGGGAACCACACUCAGUUUCUGGAUGAGAAGAUUCAGCCAAUAUUAGACAAAGCAGGCACUUUGGUAAAUGCAAGGCUUGAAUUUUCUCGGGGCCUCGUGAUGCUGGUUCUUGAGAAGUUAGCUGCUGAUAUUCCUUGUCUUCUCUAUGAUGACAAUCUCUUCUGUCAUUUGGUGGAUGAGGUGCUUUUGUUCGAAAGGGAGCUCCACAGUGUUCAUGGCUAUCAUGGCACUUUGGCUAACUGUAUGCAUAUCCUAUCAGAGGAAACUUGUUUUCAGAGAUGGCUGACUGUGGAGAGAAAAUUCGCUCUUCAAAAAAUGGACUCAAUGCUUUCAUCAGAAGCUGCCUGGAUAUCUCAAUAUAAGGAUAUCUCUGAUGUGGAUGAGUUGAAAGUUCCAGACUGUGCAGAAACAUUUAUGACACUGCUCUUGGUUAUAACUGACAGGUAUAAAAAUCUUCCCUCAGCUUCCCGAAAGCUGCAGUUCCUGGAGUUACAGAAGGACUUAGUGGAUGAUUUUAGGAUACGAUUAACUCAAGUGAUGAAAGAAGAGACUAGAGCUUCCCUUGGCUUUCGCUACUGUGCAAUUCUUAAUGCUGUGAACUAUAUCUCAACAGUACUAGCAGAUUGGGCUGACAAUGUUUUCUUUCUACAACUUCAACAGGCAGCACUGGAGGUCUUUGCAGACAACAACACUCUCAGUAAAUUGCAGCUGGGACAACUGGCCUCUAUGGAGAGCUCUGUCUUUGAUGACAUGAUUAACCUGUUAGAGCGUUUGAAGCAUGACAUGUUGACCCGUCAAGUAGAUCAUGUUUUUAGAGAAGUUAAAGAUGCUGCAAAAUUGUAUAAAAAAGAAAGGUGGCUGUCCCUGCCAUCGCAGGCAGAGCAGGCAGUCAUGUCCUUGUCCAGUGCUGCCUGCCCCUUCCUGCUCACGUUACGAGACCGUUUACUUCAAUUAGAGCAGCAGCUUUGCUUCUCCUUAUUUAAAAUUUUCUGGCAAAUUCUUGUGGAGAAGCUGGAUAUAUACAUCUACCAAGAAAUAAUUCUUGCUAAUCACUUCAAUGAAGGAGGAGCUGCUCAGCUGCAGUUUGAUAUGACUCGGAAUCUUUUCCCUCUGUUUUCCCACUAUUGCAAGAGACCAGAAAAUUAUUUUAAACAUAUAAAAGAAGCCUGUAUUGUUUUGAAUUUGAACAUUGGUUCUGCCCUACUUCUGAAAGAUGUCCUGCAGUCAGCUUCAGGGCAACCUCCUGCCACAGCAGCAUUAAAUGAAGUCGGAAUUUACAAACUGGCACAGCAAGAUGUUGAGAUUCUACUUAAUUUGAGGACAAACUGGCCUAAUAUGGGAAAAUAAUGCAUCUUUUGUUUUAGGUGUUUUUUUUUUUUUUUUAAACAAAGGGAAGCCAGUUGGAUUUCAAGUUAUAUGAUUAAGUCUGAAUUAAUGAAACUGGAGAGCUUAAAUCUUUACAGACAUUUAUUGUUUUGGACUUACAAUGUUAUUAAAAUGCUGACCAUAUUUCAUUAGUCCUCUCCUUCCUAAGAAAACAAAAACAGAAAACUCAGAAUCUAUGAAAACACAAGUAGUUCCAUUUACAAAUUGUUGAAUGUAUCUACUGUAUGAAAUACAAGAACAGAAAUAAUAUAACCAACUUUCAAUUUCCCAUUUUAAUUAAAGAAGAUUCGGUUGUGGAUAAUCAAACACAUCAAAGGAACCAAGAAAAAAUAAUUUUAGAUGUAUGUUAAUCACUGAAAUUCCUGUAUCUAGUUUGGAAAUUAACUGUAUAUCCCAUAAGAAAACACAUUUUUAGAUGGUGAUAAAAUAGGAUUGUUCUUAUUUUCCACAAAUAUCCUUCCAUUUAAAAUACUUCCUAGUUCCAUUCCAUGUGAUUUUGGCAACCUUUUCUUUCUUGAAACAUUUCAGCCUAAAACAUUGCUUCACUCUUUCCCCUGGGAUAAGGAAUAUAAUUAAACUUUAAAAAAAAAAAAUUUAUAUAACUGAUGCUGAGAUGGGAAUCUUAGACCUUUUUUCUUCUAAUUUUUUCCCUGGCCUUAGACUAUAUUAAACAAUAAUUUCCUGAUUAAUAGAUCCUCAGAGAGUAAAACUUUUGAACAAAUUGAACUAGAUUGGCUGGAGGCUUUCUACAAUUCAAUUUUAUUUCAAUUUUUUUUCU